ACCAGAGAGAGAAAAUCCCCAAUCAAGCGCUUGAAUCUGAAACGCACCAAGAAGAAUCAAGAAAUCACAGUGCGCUAAAACCAUGGUGCGUAUCAAAAUGGCUCUACCCCAAAGAUGGACAGGAAAAUCAAAGGCGAAGAAGAAGACGUUCCUCAGGCCCUCUUGGACCAAGCUUUUCUCAAAGGGUGAAUCGUCAUCAUCCUCUCCAACAUCAUCUAAGACAGCAGGAAAAUCAGCAGCUUUGUCCCUCCUCUCUGAUGACGAUCGUCUGCAUCUUCCAAUCCUAGAGUCAACCGAAGUGUUACUCCUGGAGUAUACUCCACUGAAUACCCAAAGAGAAGACUCAUCACAAAACCCUAAUACUGGAGAAAGGCACUGUGCAGAAGAAAUCAUGGAGGAAAUCCUUGAAGAAGACCCAAUAGUUGCAUGCUCUGAAGUCCCUUUUCAAGAUUCCUUGCCCGGAUCUGAUGAAGACAACACUGAAAGGAAGAACGUCUCUGGACCCAUCCGAUGGUCUCUCAGAAAGGCCAAGGCGACUGAGGUGACAGAGGGUCCAACAAAUGAGCAGCUGGAAGCCAAAGAGUCUGAGACUAAGAAGAAGAAGAUGAAGAAGAGAAAAGCGAGAGAAGAACACUCCUCACCAAAAUUGAUUAUACUGCAAAGGAAUCUUGAUGUUCUUGAUUUUAGCAAGAAAACAAAUCUUCUGCCCAUACUUCAUUCAAACAAACUGUUCAAAUCUGUUACUCUACCUGGUUCAUUUGUGAAACAAGUAAUUCAGGAGUUUUACAGCAACUUAUCUGAGUCAUGUGUUGAUGUUGAUGAUCCAUCUUACCAUAAAGUUUUUGUUCGAGGAAGGCUCUAUGAUUUCUCACCCUGUGUAAUCAACAAUUUUCUUGGCACUACCUCAAAUCCUGCAAUUACCCCCAUUGCUGAAGAAACUGUGUGGAAUGACCUUACCAAUGGCCUUAGGGAUUACCUGCAUGGGAAAACCAAAGUACCAUCCUCUGUGCUCAAAAGCUCCUAUGCCCUACUGCUCAGAAUUGCUGCCUUCCACUGGCUGCCCACCACACACACUAACACAGUUCCCCUCUGCAUGGCCACUCUACUGUAUAAAAUCAAAAAUCAUGCUCCACUUGAUUUGGGAAGAACUGUGUUUGACCAGGUAGAUAGUAGACACUUGGAAGAAAGCCACUUCAAUGACAUGGUAGAUACUGAAGCAUCUGGAGGCACAGCCCAGGAUCCCUUCUCUGUUGAGAUACAGCUCAGUUUUCUGGACAAGGAGAUUAAAGCACUUCAGAUGGAUGUGGAUUAUCACCAAGAAAUUGCUCAAAGGUCCACAGAAAGGAGGAACAUGCUCAUUCACAUUGCUCACACCUUGAGACAAACAAGGGGUGCACAGAGACAGGGGGAGAGCCUGACCAAGCACAGAGCAGCUGCUGCACGUCUAGAUUCCGAGAAAGAAAGCCUAGGAGACAGUGAAGAGGAGUCUUUCUGAUCAGAAUCAGAGGGGGCCACUCAGGAAUCAGAAAAGGAUGACAACUUGGAGGAGUAAACAUUGCAGAUUCAGAUCUUCUAAAAAACAUUUUUUUGGUGGAAAGGGUUGUUCUGCCCUGUUUCUUAUGCUAAAACAUUGCAUGUUUGGUUUUGUUUGGGAUGAUUUGCUACCUUGCCUGAUGGAGAACUGGUUUA